AUGAUACCCUUUACAGCUUCAGCCCUUUGUAGAAAAAUAGGAUGCCGAUACAUGCAGUUAAAGGCUUCAACUUCAUUAUAUAUUAGGCCUCCUCGAUAUAAUUGCAAAGUUCAUUUAAAAAUCGGCUGCAAUACCAGAACUAUUAGGUAUCUUCAUGUUUCAUCAUAUGUUAACUCUAAAAGUGAAGCAAAAAAUUCACAAGAUCAACAGCAAGUAAAAGAGAAUGACUCUUUAAAAGUGUCUCAAGUGAUCUCCAAGAAAGAUAAUAUAGUUGUUAAGACUGAUAUAGACAAAGAUCAAAAAGUCACAAAAGUAACAAUUGAAAAAACAAAAGAUCCCAGUGCAGAAUCUGCCGUUGCACCUCCAGCUAAGAAGAGACUUCUCAUAGAUUUUUCUGCAUCAUACACUGAACGUAAUUUUAUCACGCCAAUGAGAGCAAUGACAGAGUAUUUAUUAAAGCAGUCUGACUUAGAAACACUGCCGAAGGUCUUAAGACGUUCACCAUAUGAAUCUGAACCUCCAAUAACUGUUUAUUAUAGAAAAGAUGUAGAAGCUAAAGCAGUUGAAGUUUGGGGCUCUAAAGAAAGUUUAGAAAAAGAACUUUUAAGAAGAGAGUUAGAUAGGAGGAGAUAUGAACAAGAUGUGUUCACUGUUAAAAGAAGACUGCGUAAUUAUAGAAGGGAAAUGGGUCAUAAGCGGCUUAAGCAUGGAGUUGAAGAAAUGGGCCUGAAGACAGUAUCAGGGAGAGUUGUGCUUACUGCUGUUGCCAUCAAUGGAUGCAAUUUCGUCUUUAAGCUGUGUGCGUGGCUGUAUACAGGGUCACAUAGCUUAUUUUCGGAAUGUAUUCAUUCUUUAGCAGACACUGUUAAUCAGUUAAUCCUUGCAUAUGGAAUACAUAAGUCGGUGCAGAUUGCAGACCCUGAUCAUCCAUAUGGCUACACAAACAUGCGAUAUGUGUCAUCACUGAUAUCUGGUGUGGGAAUAUUCUGUGUUGGCUGUGGAUUAUCCUUCUAUCAUGGUGUUACUGGAAUUCUGGACCCGCAGCCGUUACAUGACUUCUAUUGGGCAUACUUUGUCCUGGGUGGUGCUGUGGUGUCAGAAGGAGCUACACUUAUGGUGGCGUUAAAUGCAAUACGAAAAGGCGCUAAGGAAGCUAACAUGACCUUGUAUGAAUAUGUGAUGCGCAGUUCUGAUCCGUCCGUGAAUGUGGUGUUGUUUGAGGAUACGGCUGCUGUAGCUGGAGUUAUUGUAGCGGGAAGCUGUAUGGCCAUCUCUCAAUACACGGGCAAUCCGUUGCCGGAUGCGAUCGGUUCGCUGCUUGUCGGUACAUUGCUGGGUGGCGUCGCGUCAUUCAUUAUAUUGAGUAACGUGGGCGCGUUGGUUGGAAGAUCUAUUCGUCAAGAGCAGUUGGAUGAGAUAAAUAGCGUGCUCGAGCGAGACUUCAUGAUUCGAGCCAUACACGACGUCAAGGGGAUCGAUAUUGGAAGCAACCUUAUACGAUAUAAGGCUGAAGUGGACUUUGAUGGGAGAGCCCUUACGAGGUCUUAUUUAGAGAAACAUGAUCUGAAUGCUUUAUUAGAAGACAUGAAAAAAAUCCAGACAAUCGACGAUGUAGAAGCAUUCCUUCUAAAACACGGCGAAAAUAUUGUGGAUAUGUUAGGAGGUGAAAUUGAUAGGAUAGAAUUGAAACUUCGCAAAAAGUUUCCACAAAUACGACACUGUGAUUUGGAGAUAUUGUAA